CCUGAGCUCACCUGCUCUCUCUGUAUCUCGCCUCCCUCCUCUGUUCUGCUCUGCUCUCACCUACCCACUCCCCCCUGUGCCUUCCCGAUCCCCUUUCCUGCUCAUCUCAUCGGGUCGUCACACUCCCACUCGAUCCCUCUCCUCAGAUCUACCAGUCCCCGUCCCUCGAGCUCAGUCCCACGCCCCUGCCCCUCCUCCAUCCCCUCUUCGUCAUGCGCGGCAGUCGACCGAGCUCAGCCCCCUCCAUCCCCUCUUGGUCACGCGCGGGCGCGGCAGUCGACUGGGCUCCGACUUCGCCACCGAGCCUUUCUUCGCACCACCACCGCGCUUUGUCGCUCCCUCCUCCACGGCGAGGUUCGUUCAGUUCAUAGGCCGCCGCUGCCUCCUAAUUUGUUCCAGUAGCAAUGGAGGUUCCGUGCCUCUUGUUCCUGAAAUCCGCGUGCCAGUGCGUGGUCAACCAAGUCACCUCAAGUGCCGGCAAAGAGAUUGCCUUGCAAGAAGGCGUGGUAAAUGACGCCAAGUUCCUGUCGGAAGAGCUCGAGGAGAUGCUCAAGUACCUCGUCAAUGUGGAGAGGGACGAGGCCAGCGAGGUGGUGGAUGUAGGGUCAAGCGAAGAUGUGAAGGAAGCAGGGGGGUGGGUGGACAAAAUCCGGGACACGGCCUGCGACAUCCAUGACUGCCUCCAGGACCUGGGCCCUCAUGGUGUGGAGGGGUUGUCCUUGCAGAAUCUCUGGUGGGCAACCCUGGCGUCACGGCACAAAGUCGCCGCCGAGCUCAAGGACUUGGUGUCCCAAGUCAGCCGCUUGAGCGAGAGAAAGGAGCGCUAUCAACGCGCCGGCGGCAGGAUGGUGAGGAGGCCGGCGGUCUGGAAGGAGGAGGCAUGGCUGGUUGUGCCAGAUAUCGACUGGAGGGUCGAUCUCGGCCAGCUGCUUGCUCGGCCGGACGACUCACUCGUGGUGAUCGCGGUCUGGCUGAUGACAGACCCUGCCGCUCCCGCUGCCGGCGGAGCAAGGGCCCCUUGUCUCAUCAGCGACAUCUUCGACGAUGCCGAACGAUUCCAGUGCCGUGCAUGGGUCACGGCGACCCAUUCCGUCAGCGUCACCGACUUCCUCCGUGCCUUGGUGAGGCAGCUCCUUGCAAAUGAUUCGGCACCGGCGUCGCUAGGUGCCCUUUGCGAUACAGAGGCUAUGGGGACGGAGGAGCUGAUGAAGGCCGCAGAACACCACCUUGGCGAGAAGAGGUACCUGGUGGUCAUUGAAGACGUAUGCACGAGGCCCGUAUGGGACUGGAUCAAGCUCUUUUUCCCUAAUGAUAGGAACCGCAGUCGGCUCAUAGUGACAUCUCGAAGAGCAGAUGUGGCGAGGCACUGCGCCGGCAGGCCGACCAGAUCGUUCAUGCUUGAACGAGUUCUUGAUGAUGAUGCAAGGGUUUACGUCUCUUCUGACCAGGGCGCUACUGCUAGCGGAAUUAGUGUGGUUAUACAAAUAGAGCCAUACUCGGAGUUCAUUGGCAGGAAGAAGGACGUUGCUGAACUAACUAGAUGGAUAUCAGAAAAUGUUACUGAGCCCUGGCCGAUCUCAGUGUAUGGGCCCAGUGGUGUUGGGAAGAGCACCCUCGUCAGGAAAGUAGUAUACGAAAGCCCAGAUCUCAGUAGUGAGAUCCAAAGGCGAGCCUGGAUCACCAUGAUGCAACCUUUCAACCAACAGGACUUCCUGCGCAGCAUAAUUUCACAGUUUCAGGCAUGCUCUUCCCUGGGAAGGAGCACACAAUCCGAAAUUAAUAUCCAGAACAUGUCAGAGGACGAGUUGGUGACUGAGAUUUCUCAGCUCGCGGCAGGCGAUGGGAGAUCUCUGGUGAUCAUCGACAGGCUGUCAGCACAAGAAGAAUGGGAUCAGGUGAAGUCAUGCUUAUGGAAUGAUGGAGACGGAGGUGCUACCUGUACUGUUAUAGUUACUACUACGAAUGCUGCAGCUGCUCAUCAUUGUUCCGGGAAUAGCAACAAUAUGUAUAAGCUGAGCCCCCUUGAUAGUGCUGCUGUCCGUCAGUUGUUUUAUCAGACGGUAUUCCAACAUGAUGGACUAAUUGAGUUGUGUGGACCAAUGGUUGAUCAUGCUAAUCACAUCAUAGAAAAAUGUGAUGGGAACCUUCUCGCAAUCAGGAUUGUAAGUGGACUUCUUGGCACGAAAAUUCGAAAAUCUACAGAAUGGGAGAAACUGCUAAACAGGCUUAGCUCAAUGUUAAAAGACAACCCUGACCUUGGGAUUGUCAGUGCAGCAGCAAAAUUGAGUUAUGAUGAUUUACCAUCCCAUAUGAAAUACUUGCUCCAAUAUCUUAGCAUUUUCCCCAGAGGCCGCAACUUAAUGCGUAGAAGAUUGGCAAGGGCAUGGAUAGCAGAAACCUACUGUAGAAAUGCAAGAGGAUAUGAUGCUGAGGAAGUUGAGAAGAUCUUUAAUGGGCUUGUUAUGAUGAGUAUGAUUCAUCCAUCGAAGCGAGCAGAGAUAACUAGUGGAAGAAUAAAUGGUUGCAUUGUUGAUGAUGUGUUUCAGCAGCUCGGGGUUUCAGAUGCAAAAUUGCGGGAUUUUAUCUACAUCCUUGAUGAGCACCCUUUGGACACCAACCCAACAAACUCCAAAAUCAGACAUCUAGUUAUUACAGUUGGCUGGAGAAGACAUGAUGAUGAACGGAUUGAUGAGUUCAAGAAAUUAGACCUCUCUUGUGCUCGAUCACUAACAGUUUGUGGGGAAUGGAAGUCUUGUUUCAUUUCGACAAGGAUGAAGUUGCUAAGGGUGCUCGAUUUGGAAGACACUGAAGGUCUAGAGGAGCAUCAUGACCUUGAACAGAUCGGGGAAUUCCGGCAUCUCAAGUGUCUGGGUCUCAGGAACACUGGAAUUGCACAUCUUCCCAACUCCUUGGGUAAGUUGCUAGGGCUUGAGGAGUUGGAUAUCAAGGGUACAUACAUUGCUAAGCUGCCAUCUACGGUCAUCCAUCUUACAAGGCUGCGCCGUCUCCAUGGUGGUACAGUGGCUGCACGCAAUGCUCGGCUAGAUUUUGUCAGUGAAAUCACUAGAGAUUGUCCUGGGAUUAUCCAAAGUGCUGCUUCAUCUGCUUUCUGCAUGUGUUUGCUAUGUCUAUUUAAGAGGAAGAAACCAUAUGGUGUGCGUGUCCCAGAGAAGAUCGGAGAACUGAAGUCUGUUUUAACUCUGGGGACCAUUGAUGUUGCGGGAAGUCGGAGAGUUAUGAAGGAGCUACAGAAGCUAACGCAGUUACAGAAGUUAGGGGUGACUGGCGUUACAAAACACAACACCAAGCAUCUCUGCUCUACUCUUGAGCGUCUUCACCAGCUGCGGUCACUGAUGGUCGACUCAAGUGAUUCACUCAGCAGACUGGACACCGUGUGCUCACCGCCACUCCGUCUUGAAGCACUGAAGCUAUAUGGCAGUCUUGGUACGCUCCCAAGGUGGAUCAAGACCCUUCAUAAUCUCCACAAGCUAUGCCUGCGCUCGACACUGCUGGAUGGGGAUUCUGUACAGGUCAUUGCGAAGCUACCCAACCUGAUCGUGCUACGCCUUCUGGCUAAAUCACUGGUGGCGGAGGCGAUGGAAUUUGGAAGCGACGCGUUUCCGAAGCUUGAGCUUCUGCAGAUUGAUGGGUUAGAAAAUCUCAUGUCCUUAUCAUUUCAAGGAGGAGCAGCCCCAAACUUAGAGAUACUGCAGAUCGCUGACUGCAACUUUAUAAGCGAGGAUGGCUUGCGUCAGUUUCACGACCUACCAAGGAUCAAAAAGGUUUCACUGGAUGGUGUGCUUGUUCAGAAACGACCUCCGCAUACCAGCAUUCCUCAGGGACAAGCAGCCCUGGUUCUUAAUGCAGGCCGACGAAUGAGGCAUACUCAAGCACAUGUAAUUCGUGCUGCAUUCCGCUUUAAAGAAGCAGCAAGAAGGGAAAAUUCUGAGAUUCAAGAAUAAGCCACACCCCACCCUUCCUGUGUGUUGUGUUACUACUUGCUAUGUUUUUUUGAUUUGAAAUCAUGAGAUUAUCAUCUAAUUGUGUCUACUAUCAUCUUUUGAAUAAACUCCCAUUUCUUUUGAA